UUUUAAAAAAUUUAUUUUUAUUCCCUUUUGUUGCCCUUGUUGUUUUAUUGUUGUAGUUAUUAUUGUUGUUGUUAUUCAUGUUGUCAUUGUUGGAUAGGACAGAGAGAAAUGGAGAGAGGAAGGGAUGACAGGGGGAGAGAAAGACAGACACCUGCAGACCUGCUUCACCGCUUGUUAAGUGACCCCUCCGGCAGGUGGGGAGCCGGGGGCUAGAACCAGGAUCCUUAUGCCGGUCCUUGUACUUUGCACCACGUGCGCUUAACCCGCUGCGCUACCGCCAGACUCUCUUAGUCUUUUUUUUUUUUUUUUUAUUGUCUUUGUUUAUUGGAUAGAGACAGCCAAAAGAGGGAAGGGGUUGAUAGGGAGAGAGACAGAGACACCUGUAGCUCUGCUUCACCGCUUGUGAAGCUUUCCCCUUACAGGUGGGGACUGGGGGCUUAAACAUGGAUCCUUGUGCAUUGUAACAUGUGCACUCAACCAGGUGUGCUACCACCCGCCCCCCCCUUUUUUUUUUUACUAGAGCACUUAUCAGCUCUGGCUUAUGGUGGUGCAGAGGACUGAACCUAGGACUUAAGAACUUCAAGCAUGAGAGUCUCUUUGCAUAACUAUUCUGCUAUCUACUCCUGGCCCAAGGUCUGGCUUAGGCCUUUGGCUGAGCCCACAAGCUCACCAUCCUAACCCAGCCUCCCAGGUAAAUUCUCUACAGCUAGAUAGGCAAAGGGUCUGACCUCAGAAUCAGUGAGUCCUUGGGCUUCUAGGAGACACCCCCCUCAUCUGUAAACACCUGUGGGGUUUAUCCUUGGGCUACCUACCAGACACCAUCAACAUCAUAGACAGCCCCACCACCACCUAGAGACCACCUCCCUUUCCCUAUAGUGGGAAGAGUCCAGUCUUGGAAAUUGAAGGAAGACGGGGUCGAAACUGCUCACACACCCCCCCCCCCCCAUACACACACACAAGCCUCUCUUGGCUACAUGGAGGCAGAAAAGUCAGAACCCCAGUUUCUAGGAGAGCAGACGGGCUCUGGCUAAAGCCUGGGAUCUUGGAAGGCCAGAGCCCCCACCAGGAUGGGAUGGAGGCAGUCAGCUGUGGCUUCCUGGGACCCUUUGCUGGACUGGCCCGCUGAAAGAGGGCACCUCAAAAACUGUUCUCGUGGUCCAGGAGAUGGUACAGUGGCUAAGGCACUAGACUCUCAAGCAUGAGGUCCUGAGUUCAAUCCCCAUCAGCACAUAUACCAGAGUGACAUCUGGUUCUUUCUCUCCUAUCUCAUUAAUAAAUAAAUAAAAUCUUAAAAAAAAAAAAAAAAAAAAAAACCUGUUCUCAUCCCAUCUUUCCUCAGCUAAGAGGGAGGUGGUGGCACCAGUGGAGAGGAGGCUGUGGUCUUGGGAAUCCCAGGCCCACAAUGGACAAUGGAGAGGACAGAUGGCCUCCCCACCUGAGCUUCACCAAGCCAAGGGUUCAGGAAUACAAGCGCCUACCCCUACCUACCCCUUCUAACCCCCGCAUGAAGUUCCAUCCUUGUUAGUGGUUUUGGCAGUCAGUCCUGGGUACUAAUCUCCAUUUCCUCAUCUCAAAUGGGCAUAGUAAUUGCCCUCCCCGUGACUAAUUGGGGAAGUCUGUAUAAAGCACUCAGCUUGGGUAAAUGCCAGUGGUCAGUGCUGGCACACAGCCCUGGGAUCAGGGCAUGUGUCUAAUGAGUCUGGAUCUGUCUUCCCUGCCGGUGGCCUGACGGUGUGCCACCCCUCCACCCCCUUCCAUGUGGCCAGCCUGUGAGCCCACAGGACUUAGCCACACCCCUAGCCCACCCCACCAACAAAUAGCCGGCAGCUGCCUGCUUUGCCCUGCCACUUUCCAGUCCUCCCAAGUCACGGCCAGCACCACACCAUGAGGUCCUUAGAGCUGGUACUGAUCUUCCUGUCUGUGCUGCUGCUGGUGUGUGCAGACCCAGAGGGUACCUGGUGCUACGACUCCCAGGACCCUAAGUGUGGCCCCACUCACUGGAAGGAGAUGGCCCCUGCCUGUGGAGGCCCAGCCCAGUCCCCCAUCAAUAUUGACCUUCACCUGGUCCAGCGGGACCCCACCCUCAGACCCUUCAUCUUCCAAGGCUAUGAUUUAGCACCUCCAGGCCCAUGGACCCUGGAAAAUGAUGGACAUACAGUACUACUCCACGUGGACACUGGUCCACAGAGCCAUCUGGAGAUGCGGGGCGCUGGGCUGCCACUGCCUGCCUACCGCGCACUGCAGCUGCACUUCCACUGGGGGCGACCUGGAAGAGAAGGCUCAGAGCAUAGUCUGGAUGGGCAUCGCCACCCCAUGGAGAUGCAUGUGGUCCACAUGAACACGCGGUACCAGAGUGUGGGGGAGGCACGGGGCCACCCUGAUGGACUGGCAGUGCUGGCCGUGCUGCUGGCGGAGCAGGACUCAGACAAUGCCAACUUCUCCACACUUGUGUCCAGCUUAAAGAAUGUGUCUGCACCUGGGCUCUCCGUGACCCUAGCAUCCACCUUCCCGCUGGCCUCACUGCUGCCGGGUGCCUCUGGCCUCCGUCGAUACUACCGCUACUCGGGGUCGCUGACCACACCUGGCUGUGAGCCUGCAGUGCUCUGGACAGUUUUCCAGGACACGGUGCCUAUAGGACGAGCACAGGUGGUCCAGUUCCAGACUGUGCCCCGGGCCAGCCCCCUGGGUUCCCGGCUUGAGCCGCUCACCGAGAACUUCCGCCCACAGCAGCCUCUGGGUGGACGCAGAGUCUCUGCUUCCCCAGCUGCUUCCAUCCGUGCAGCAGGCUCAAUCCCUGCCCCCCCACUGGUCUAUGCCUAUGCCAGUGGAGCUCUGCUGGGCCUGAGGCUCUGCCUGGUGCUCCAGCAGGGACCCUAGGAUCCAGACUGAUUUCUUUCUCCCACAAUAAAGGACACUGACCUUG